AAGGAACAUGGUGGCCGCUUCCUCCCUUCCAAGGAGCCGCCAGAGCGGCGAAUCUGGUCGCUCUUGAGGCGCUGGGGAGGCUGAGGCCGAGGCAGCGGCCGGAACGGUCCCUGAGUUUACGUGAGGUGAAGGAGCCCCGCGUUUGGCUCCGCCACUGCAGGAAUUUCAGCCCCAGCUAUGAUAGAGGAUAAAGGCCCAAGAGUGGCUGACUACUUUGUAGUGGCAGGACUCACUGAUACAUCAACACUUCUGGAUCAAGAAGUAAAUCGCUUGGAAACAAAGUCGAUUGGUCCAAAGGCUCCAAUUACAGAUCUUGCUAUCAUUAUUAAAUCAGCGGGUGAAACAGUCCCUGAAGGUUACACUUGUGUUGAAUCAACACCCACAGCACUUCAAGCCAACUUGAACUAUGGGAGUCUUAAAAGCCCAGAGCUUUUUCUUUGCUACAAGAGGGGCAGGGAGAAACCACCUCUUACUGAUGUUGGAGUUUUAUAUGAAGGGAAGGAGCGUUUAAUGCCAGGCUGUGAAGUGAUCCAGGCUACUCCCUAUGGUCGCUGCGCUAAUGUCAAUAACAGUUCAGCCUCUUCCCAACGAAUCUUUAUCACCUACCGGCGGGCUCCUCCUGUGCGACCCCAAAACUCCUUGGCUGUUACCGACGUCUGUGUUAUUGUAACCAGCAAAGGAGAAACUCCUCCUCAUACUUUCUGCAAAGUUGAUAAGAAUUUGAAUUGUGGCAUGUGGGGCUCCAGUGUAUACAUUUGUUAUAAGAAGUCUGUUCCAGCUUCUAACUCAAUUGCAUAUAAAGCUGGCUUAAUAUUCAGAUAUCCAGAAGAUGAUUAUGAAUCAUUCCCUUUGUCAGAAUCUGUACCUCUUUUCUGUCUUCCAAUGGGAGCUACUAUUGAAUGUUGGGACCCUCAAACCAAAUAUCCACUACCUGUAUUCUCAACGUUUGUUCUUACUGCUUCAUCUGCUGAGAAGGUGUAUGGUGCUGCUAUCCAGUUUUAUGAGCCGUAUUCACGAGAGCUGCUAACAGAGAAGCAGCACAUGCAAUUGGGCCUCUUGACUGCUGUAGAGAGAAAGGUGGUUACCUCCAAGUCCAUAAAUUCCAACAAGUGCAUCUGCCUACUCUCACAGUGGCCUUUCUUCGAGGCCUUCAGGAAAUUCCUUAUGUUCAUCUACAAGCUGUCUGUGUCUGGACCUCAUCCUCUUCCCAUUGAAAAGCACAUAUCCCACUUCAUGCACAACAUACCUUUCCCUUCUCCUCAAAGACCAAGAAUCCUUGUACAGCUUUCUGCACACGAUGCAUUAAUACUGUCUCAACCAGUUUCUACACCUUUACCACUCAGUGGUGCAAACUUCAGCACACUGCUGAUGAAUCUUGGACCAGAAAAUUGUGCUACUCUGCUGCUGUUUGUGUUACUAGAGGGCAAGAUCCUACUCCACUCUCUCCGACCCGCUGUGCUGACUGGAGUAGCUGAAGCUGUGGUAGCCAUGAUCUUUCCAUUUCAGUGGCAAUGUCCCUACAUCCCUCUCUGUCCUUUGUCUCUGGCAACGGUGCUCAGUGCUCCCCUCCCAUUUAUAGUUGGAGUUGACUCACGGUACUUUGAUUUGUAUGACCCUCCACAAGAUGUUGUUUGCAUUGACUUAGACACAAACAUGGUGUACAUAUCAGAUGAUAAGAAGAGCAUGAACUGGAAACAGCUUCCUAAGAAGCCAUGCAAAAGUCUACUCAGCACCUUAAAGAAAUUGCAUCCACAGCUGGCAUUAGUUCACAGAAAGACACAAGAAGGCUCAGCAGUUGAGAUGACGCCUAUAGAGGCAGAUUUCUCCUGGCAGACGAAAAUGACCCAAUUUGAAAUGGAGAUUCAGGAAGCUUUUCUGCGUUUCAUGGCAUCUGUUUUAAAAGGGUACAGAACGUUCCUUAAACCAAUCACACAGGCACCUUCGAAUAAAGCUACUGCUGCAGAUUCCCUGUUUGAUCUUCAAGGAUUUUUAAAGAGUAGAGAUCGCGCCUACACAAAAUUUUACACAGCUUUAACUAAAACACAGAUAUUUAGCCGCUUCAUUGAAGAAUGCAGUUUUGUGAGUGACAAAGAUACCGGCUUGGCUUUUUUUGAUGACUGUGUGGAAAAGCUUUUUCCUGAAAAAGGAUCAGAAAAAGGAGAUAAGGUUGAUGUAGAUUCCACAGAGGAUAUUCGGUUAAUUGAGCUGGAUGAGUCUCAAAAGAGUGAACACACGGUGUUUAUAAUGCCCCCAGAGCCUCCCCCUGACGAUGGGCAGGAGAGGACACCUAAGUACAGCUAUAAAAACUUCCCUAGACUAGAUUUUAAGUUCUUCGACAGGCCACAGGAGCUCAAGCUGUCAGUCAACAGGCACCCAGCUGGAGGUACUAUUUCAAACAGUCCAGCACUCAUGGCAAAGAGGACGAAGCAGGAGAUAAAAGCAGCCCAUAAGUUAGCCAAGAGAUACUACACAAGCCCUCCACAAUGGGCCAAGUGCCUCUUCAGUCACUGCUACAGCUUAUGGUUCAUUUGUCUGCCAGCUUACGUUAGAGUUUCCCAUCCCAAAGUCAAAGCUCUGCAGCGAGCAUAUGAUGUUCUUAUCAAAAUGAGGAAAACGGAUGUGGAACCAUUGGAUGAGGUUUGCUACAGAGUUGUAAUGCAGCUCUGUGGACUUUGGGGCCAUCCUGUUCUGGCUGUGAGAGUCCUUUUUGAAAUGAAAAAUGCUGGCAUACAGCCAAACGCAAUCACCUAUGGUUACUACAACAAGGCAGCUUUGGAGAGCCCAUGGCCUAGCAGUAAUCGCAGUGGCAUUUUUCUGUGGACAAAAGUGCGGAAUGUGGUGCAUGGCAUGGCACAAUUCAGACAAUGCCUCAGAAAGUCUGCACGCAAUUUACAGGCCCCUUCAGUACCAGCUCCUCGGAUGACCACAGGUGGAAGUGAAGGGGACACGGUGAGCCAUGGUAGUGUGGAUAGUUCUAAUGAUGCUAACAGUGGGGAGCACACACUCUUCGUCAGAGACUUAGUCAGGCUUGAUUCCAUUGGUAAUCACUCUAGCACAGGUGGUCAGUCUGAUCAAGGAUAUGGCUCUAAAGAUGAACUUAUAAAGGAUGAUGGAGAUAGUGUUCAUACAUCAGAUAUGCUUGUAGAAAAAGAGUUUGUUGCUAAAGAGGACGAUCUAAUCGGAGAAGUUGGCAGUGCCAGCGAAUCUGCUGAAAAACAACAUCUUAAUCCAGAAUCCCACAGCCCAGUGGAAGUCCCAGUACAGUCUGGAAGCAGCAUCGUAAAGGUUGCCUCUGGCAUUUUCAGCAGUAGUGGCAGGAAGAGUAGCAGUGGAACCCCAUCCAGCCCAUUGUUUGUAACUCAGGAUCCAAUAGAAGAUUUUGUGUUUGAUGACAAUACUUCUCCCAAGAGGACAGGUGAAAAAGGGAAGAAGAGACAGAAGCUUUUUUCAGAAAGGAGCUGCAGUUUUAGCACUGAAAGCAGAGCAGGCAUGUUGCUGAAGAAAAGCAGCUUAGACUUGAACUCCAGUGAAGUCGCAAUAAUGAUGGGAGCAGAUGCAAAGAUCCUCACAGCGGCUCUGUCUGGGGCCAAACCAUCACCACCCCAUACAAGUAAAUCCCAGAGUUUUGACAACAUAAGUGGUGACCAGCAACAUUCUGGCUCAGACGCCUCUAGGACUUCUGAGAAUGAAAAUGCUUGGGAUACAGAGGGUUGUUCAUCACCUUUUCUGGAAAAGCUGGAGGAAGGACAUGAACAGCUUGAAAAUGGGCAUGACAACAGUGCAGCCAACGCUGAGGACAUUAACUCCAAACCCCUUAAUGCCUCUCAGUCCAGAACUAGCCAGACAGAACUCAAAGAGACGGUGAACAAAAGAAAUAGUCUUUAUGGUGUAGUCAAGCCUGUUGAAAGGGAAGAUGUUCAGGUGGGCCUGGACCCUUUAUCUUUGCUGGCAACAGAGACGGUAGAGCCAAAAUCUCCUGAACAGGAAGAAAAGAUGUUGUCACCAGUAGCUGCACGCAAUUUGGCUGAUGAAAUUGAAAGCUACAUGAACCUGAAAAGUCCCUUGGGCAACAAAUCAUUCAGCAUGGAACUACACGAGAAAGAGAGCAGCCAAGACGAAGCCUCUCCUAGUUCGCUUGGCCCUCCUUUAGACAGGCGAUCGAGUCUACCUUUAGAUUCUGCUCCACCACCCCAAGUUCAGAAUGCCACUCGUAAAAGUCCAGCUGUUUCCCGAUCCAAAACCUUUACUGGAAGACCAAAGCAACUGGCUCUUUCACGGACCCAAAAAGAACGGUCCACGUCUUUAACAGGAUUGGGCCGUUCUUCACCACAGGCUGCAUUUGGUUCAGUAGUUACAAGUUUUUCGGGCUUGAAGCUAGAUCACAUCUUAUCUGGACCUAAAAUAGAUGUUCUGAAAUCUAGCAUGAAGCAAGCAGCUAAUGUCGCCAGCAAAAUGUGGGGAGCUGUAGCAUCAGCAUAUAGCUAUUCAGAUGAUGAGGAUGAAGGGAGUCGGCUGGAUUUUACCUUUCCUGCUGGCUUUGAAGACCAAAUUUUAGGUGUCAAUCAGUCACAAAAAACAGGCAUUGCAGGACUCGCAACCAGUGACCUUGCACAGAGCACAACUAGUCUUGGCAGCAGCAACAGUAGUGGAGAUGCAGGGAAGCUACACUGCCCAACAGGUGAAGCUCCAUUCUCUAGAGGUAUGAAGUGUGUGGAUUUUGAAAAGUCUGAACAUGGCUCUUCCCAGAACACCAGUUUGUCUAGUAUCUUCCAGAACUGUGCAAUGGAGGUCUUAAUGUCAAGCUGUUCUCAGUGUCGCGUAUGUGGAGCACUAGUUUAUGAUGAAGAAAUCAUGGCAGGAUGGACUGCAGAUGACUCUAAUUUGAAUACUACCUGCCCAUUCUGCAAAAGCACUUUCUUACCUCUUCUUAAUGUGGAGUUUAAAGACUUGCGUGGAUAUGCAAGCUUAUUUUUGAAACCAAGUACCUCUGGUGAUAGUUUACACAGCAGUAACAUUCCAUUAACCACUGAUUCACUGGAGCAGAAGACUGUUUCUGAUUCUCUGGAGCAGAAGACUGCAACUGAUUUGAUCAGUUUUGAAGAACCCUCAAAUACCAACCCAACCAUUGUUGAAGAAAACAGCACCACAGCUAUGCAAAGCAGCAGGAUAGCAGAAGAGAGUGGGGACCUCAGACCUGCGCGUCCGUCUGCUGCAAAUAACACACCCAAGCGAGGAGCUUCUCUGACUCGGAGCCACAGUGUUGGUGGCCCCCUGCAAAAUAUUGAUCUGUUGCAGAGGCCGUCUCAUUGCAUUUCAACAGUUAGCCUUCCUAACAGUUUACAGGAGGCCAUGGAUCCCAUAGCAAAAAGGCCAAAUCCUUUACCUGUAUCUGUGCCCUAUUUGAGCCCUUUGGUACUCCGAAAAGAGUUGGAAUCUUUGCUGGAGAAUGAAGGAGAACAGGUGAUCCACACUUCAACAUUUAUCAAUCAACAUCCCAUUAUUUUCUGGAACUUAGUGUGGUGUUUCCGUCGCUUGGAUCUCCCAAGUAACUUGCCAGGGCUCAUUCUGACUUCAGAACACUGCAAUGAGGGUGUCCAGCUUCCUCUGUCCAAUUUGUCUCAAGACAGCAAGCUAGUGUAUAUCCAGCUACUUUGGGACAACAUCAAUCUUCACCAGGAGCCUGGGGAGCCCUUGUAUAUAUCGUGGAGAAAUCUCAAUUCCACGGAGAAGAAACCCUCAAUAGCUUCAGACGAGCAGCAAGCAAUAAGCACUUUAGUUGAAAAUAUCAGGCUAAGCAUUCAGCACAAUGAUGUUGUUAAACCCAUCAAUCUCCUUGUACAGCAAAAGCACAAUGGCAAGCGACAAAGGAGUUUUUACAGAGAGAUCCUCUUUCUCUCCCUGGUGUCCCUUGGGAGGGAGAAUAUUGACAUUGAGGCCUUUGACAAUGAAUACAGGGCAGCAUAUAAAAGCCUCCCAAGUGAGGUGGUUGAAAAGAUGCAGAAGAUAGAUGCUCCACCCAGCAGCAGUGUCGAGUGGUGUAGGAAGUGCUUUGGAGCACCUGUCAUAUAAAGUCAACAGAGAAGAUGUGGCAAACCAUCCACAAGACAUGGGAGAGGCAGAUCUGGCAACAUGUCGAUUUUGAUGCGGGCUCCACAACUCCAACUAUGACGUACAAUCCAGUUCAGGAGUCACCAUGGCACUUUUCUACAGCAGCUGAUAAUGUAUGUACCAAUGAAUUGGAGUCAGUACAUCAGUAUGAAGCAUAUGGGUCUUGAGUGGACUGUCCACCUUCAGUGUUGCUCUGUCCUUUUAACCUUUCUCAGCCUCAUGUUGAAAAGAGAAGAAUGUGUCCACUGGCAUUUGUUUGGUGCCUUUCUCUAAAGACUCGGAGCAGUGGGAUAUUUUAUAACAGACCUAAGAGCAUCUUAAAUUAAUCUCUUUGCCUAUGGAGCGACCCCUGUUCAAAGAGGGAUGUGUUUUGCAUGUACAUACAUACUUAUUGUUCAUUUGAUGUGUGAAUGGAAAAUCUUUUCCUUUGGGUCAAAAGACCAAACUGUAUACUCUUCUUUUUGAAAAACCAUCACUGUCCCAGUUAGUAAAAAAA